AUUGGAGCGCUGGCCCGCGGACGGAGAAGUCAGGCCGAGGGGCGGCCGACUACCUCCAACCCCCCGAUGAAGUGACGGUCAUCAACCUGACUGUUCACCAGUCACCCAACAUCAAGAUGCCAUUCAAAAGCCUGCAGAACGACAUUCUCCUCCCCAGGGAUCUCACAACCUGGCAAUGGCUCUUCGAACACCCCACCUACAGCCCGCUCGCGCGCUUCCCCGAGGCAGAGCUGGCGGGCUACCACAAUGCGAAGACGAAGGAGACGCUCAACUGGAAGCAGGUGAAGGAGGUGUCGACCUACGUGUCCACCGCGCUGGUGAAGAAGUACGGCCUGAAGGUGGGCGAGACGGUGGCACUGUUCAGCCAGAAUAACAUUUGGUACCCGAUUGCCAUGCAUGCGACGCUGCGCGUGGGCGGCAAGGUGUCGGGCGCCAGUCCGGCGUACAAUUUGGACGAGAUGACGUAUGCGCUGCAGAAGGGCGAGGCCAAGUUCCUCAUGACGCAUCCGGACUCGAUGGAAGUGGCUACUGCCGCGGCGAAAAAGGCCGGCAUCCCCAAGGAGAACCUGUUUCUGCUUGAGGGCGAGAUGAAGGGGUACAAGACGAUCAAGGACCUGGUUGAGGAGGGGAAGAAGGAGAGCGAGCAGGUGCCUUACUACACCAUCCCCAAGGGCAAGACCAACAUGGACAUUUGUGGCUUCUUGUCCUUUAGCUCGGGCACGACUGGACUCCCGAAAGCGGUCAUGAUUGCACACCAGAACGUGAUUGCACAGUGCCUGCAGGUCAUGCAAAUCACUCCCUCCGACCACAAGAAGGUGCUCGCCGUCUUGCCCUCCUUCCACAUCACCGGGCUCGUGCACGCGCUGCAUCUGCCCGUCCUCAUCAAUGCCACGGUCGUGAUGCUGCCCGCGUUCACCAUGGAAAGCAUGCUGGAGGCCACGCAGGAGUACCAGCUGCGCGAGUUGCUCUUGGUGCCGCCGAUUCUGAUCCGCAUGGUGCGCGACCCCAUUGUCGACAAGUACGAUUUGAGCGCGCUGCGCCGCUUCUCGUCCGGUGCGGCGCCGUUGAGUGAGGAAAUCAUUCAACAGUUGAAGAAGAAAUUCCCUCAAUGCGGAUUCAAGCAGGGAUACGGCAUGACUGAAUCGUGCUCGUGCAUUACCGCUCAUCCACCGUCGCACUACGACUUCAAGUACGCACAUACCGUCGGCACAAUCUGCGCGUCGACGACGGUGAAGAUUAUGAAGGAAGACGGCACGGAAGGUGGGGUCGGCGAGCCGGGAGAGAUCUGGGCCAAGGGACCCCAGGUGGUGAUGGGCUACCUGAACAACGACAAGGCGACCAAGGAGACGUUCGACGAGGAGGGCUACCUGCACACGGGCGACCAGGGGAGUAUCGACGAGCACGGCGUCAUCACCAUCCUCGAUCGGAUAAAGGAGAUGAUCAAGGUGAAGGGGAUUGGCGUCGCGCCCGCCGAGCUGGAGGACCUGCUCCUCGGGCACGAGAAGGUGGAGGAUGUGGCGGUGCUGGGCAUCCAGGAUGACUAUUCGGGCGAAGUGCCCAAGGCGUACAUUGUGCCCAAGCCGGGCACGGAGGGUGACGAUGCGCUGGGCCGAGAGCUGAUCAAGUACGUGCGGGACAAUCGCGUGCGAUACAAGGCGGUGAAGGAGGUGGAGUUUAUUGGGGAGAUCCCAAAGAGCGCUAGCGGCAAGAUUUUGCGGCGCGUGUUGAGGGACAAGCAGAAGAGCGGGGAGCAUGGGGUGGUGGUGCGGGAAGAGCAGUCUAAAUUGUAGGGCAUGAAGGACGAUACAUAUCGGCGGGAUCUGCGCACACUUGGGUAAAAGGAAUGGUGCCCGUGUAUAGGGAAAUGUGCAUCCAAUGGAACUCCACUCUCGAAGCACGCGCGCGCAGCCACGGGCCAGCAAAGGCACAACGGCGGGGCGAGGCGUGGAAGCAGAGGCAGAUGCGACUGGCGGGCAGGCACCCGCAUUUACCCAACCGCGGCCGCUUGAUCAACAGUGCUGGCUAACAAAGGGGGCGAAGGGGAAGGGCAAGGGAAAGGCAGCAGCUUUGACUUUACGAUCACAUUCCGU